CCUCGAAGCUGACGGGCCUCGCUCGACGGGGGGCUGCUCGUGCUCGUGUCCAAGACUCGCGGCCCAGUCCCGCGAUAUGAACGCGCUGAGAUUACAGCCGCCUCCGCUGCUCUUUCUGCUGAUACUGGUGGGUCUAAUGGCCCACCGGGCUGACGCCCGCUACCUCGAGGGCUUGAAUAUGAAUUUAGGAGAGGCACUGCAGUUUUUAAGGGAACACGAUCGCGAAGGGUCCACCGUUUGCAAUAAGGUCAUGACAGCACAAUGGAAUUUUGCAACAAAUAUUACGGACGUUAAUAGAAGGAAAAUGUUAGAAGAACAGACGGUAAAAUUAAAAUUUGAAAGAGCAUCUUGGCGAAAAACAGUAAGUUUCGCUUGGAGUAGAAUAGCAGAUCCCUAUGCAAGAAGGCAAUUGAAAAUGAUCGCGGUAAAGGGACGAAAUUCACUAACCGACGAUAAAUUUAAUGAGAUGCAUCAUUUAAUUAUGGAAAUGAAAGAGUUAUACAACAGAGUAAAACUGUGCCCAUAUAGAAAAAUAGGAGCAGCCUGCGACUUGACCUUUGAAACAGACGUCGCUAAAAUAAUGUCGCAAUCCAGAGAUUAUGAUGAAUUGCUGCACUAUUGGCAGGCAUGGCACGAAGCUGUCGGUCCGCCUUUGAAAAAUAAAUACGUGAGAUACGUUCAAUUAGCGAACCAAGCAGCUAAGCUCAGUGGUUUCGCCGAUGCCGGCGACCAAAUGCGCGAGAUAUACGAAGACGACUAUGUACAACAGAAUAUGGCGGAGAUCGUGUCGGCAAUCAUGCCAUUAUACAAGCACCUAUUUACGUUCGUGAGAAGUCGACUGAUGGAGAGAUACGGAGACAGGAUUCGCGCCGAUGGGCCUUUGCCGGCUCAUGUUCUCGGCAACAUGUGGGCACAAAAUUGGGACGGUAUUUUCGACUUGGUCCAGCCAUUUCCAGGUGCCAAGAAGUUGGACGUCACACUCGAUAUGAUGAUCCAAGGCUUUACGUCGCUUCGAAUUUUUCAAAUGGCCGAGGAAUUCUUUACAUCGAUGGGAAUGAAGCCUAUGCCACCGGAAUUUUGGAGAUCAUCGGUGUUUGAGAAGCCAAUUGAUAGAGAUAUCAAAUGUAGCGCCAGUGCAUGGGAUUUCUGCAAUAAAAUGGACUACAGAAUAAAGCAAUGUACAAAAAUAAACACCGAAGAUUUAAUAUCGACGCAUCAUGAAAUGGCGCAUGUACAGUAUUAUUUACAAUACAAAGAUCAGCCGCUUCUUUUUCAAAGUGAAGCCUUACCAGGCUUUCACGAAGCAGUGAGCAACGCUAUAGGCUUAUCAGUUUUUACCCCUCAACAUCUUCAUAGAAUAGGCCUUUAUAACAAUUCGACCGACGAUUACGAGAGCAACAUCAACUUCUUGAUGCUCGUGGCCCUGCAAAAGGUUGCCUAUUUACCAUUUGCCUAUAUCGUUGACCAAUGGAGAUGGCGUGUCUUUAAUAAUGGUGUAGCGGAUAUGACUACGAGAUGGUGGGAGUUGCGAUUACAGUAUCAAGGUAUCUUACCACCAAUUUCACGGACAGAAAGAGACUUUGAUCCCGCUUCUAAAUACCACGUGCCGGCCGAUCUUCCUUAUGCCAACUACUUUUUGUCAGUUAUAUUGCAAUUUCAAUUAUUCGAGUCGCUCUGCGAUAUCUCGGGACACACCGGUGAUUUACAUACUUGUGAUUUGUACCGAUCGCGAGAAGCCGGUCGCUUAUUAUCUGACGUAUUAUCCAUGGGCUCUUCGACGCCGUGGCCGGAUAUUAUCAGGCAAAUGACGAGAGGUCAAACUAACAGGAUUGACGCAAGUGCCAUGCUAAGGUACUUUCAGCCCUUGAGUCGGUAUUUAAAGCGUCAAAAUCAGAUUGAGCCAGUGAUCGGCUGGUUGACCAAUCACGAAGACACGGCUCUCUUCGCUCACUGGUACCUCGGCAAUGCUGGCAACCUUCCAACCAUGGCUAUCCUGCCAAUUGUACUCAUCGUGUUAAUUUGUUUGUCUCUAUAAGUUGAAAGAAAGUAAGGUAUUAGCGUUGG